AUGAACAAUAAUAGCGUCCAAGAAGAUCAAAGAGCCACAAAGAAAGUAAAGAAUCGAGUUUUAACAAUUGAAGAUGAUGAAACAACUCAGCAAACAGAGAAUAUGCAUACUGAUAAUGAAGCCCAAGUAGAAAGUGCUGCGAGAAAAGAUCAUCCCAAGAGUCCUGAGAAACUCUCUUAUGCUGCCAUGGCCGCUAGAGGAUCGAUUCUAAAUAAAAAUCCACCAGUCAAGAUGCUUGAAGAAGAAAUAGUUUUCCAAGAGGGAGAUGUAAUCAUGGACACUCUCAAAACAGAAUCUGAUACUUGGUGCGACGAUCAAGAAAUACUUAAAGGCCAUGUUAAGAAGUUCUAUGAGGAGUUAUUCACUAAAGAUCCUUUAGUGAAGCAAUCUCUUGAGAAUUAUAGAUCUUUUCCUAGUUUGAAUCGUGAACAAUGGAACUGGAUGGAUAAACCUUUUGAGAACAUUGAAAUUAAAGAUGCUCUUUUCAAUAUGAACCCUCUAAAAGCUCCUGGAGUUGAUGGUCAAACAAGUUUUAUACCAGGCAGGAUUAUUACUGACAACAUAAUCCUAGCUCAAGAGGUUAUUCACUCUAUGAAGAAAAAGAAAUGUAAGAAGUGGUACCUGGCCAUCAAGAUUGAUCUGGAAAAAGCAUAUGACAUAUUAGACUGGAACUUUAUUAGAGAUAAUAUUGAGAAGCUGGGACUGCCUAAUAUAAUCAUAAUGGUUAUAAUGAAUUGCAUUACAUCCACGACUAUCCAAAUUAACUGGAAUGAAGAGCUUACGGAGCCUUUUAAACAGUCAAGGGGAAUUAGACAGGGUGAUCUCUUUUCUCCUUACCUGUUUGUCAUAUGCAUGGAAAGACUAGCGCAAGAAAUUGCAUUAGCCGUGGAACAAGUUAAGUGGAAACCAAUUUAA